AGGACUAAUAAAAUAGAUAUUUUGAUUACUUUUUCACAUCCCAUCAAUUGUUGGAGAUGUGAGUAUCGUAGUACGUACGCCUAUGCUCUAUUGCUAUAAGAUAGGUCAUGAAAAGUUUGAAAUGAUUUAUUCUUUUCAGUUUAUUUAGCUGGAGAAGACUAUUCAUUUAACUUCUGGUUUUAAUAUCGAAGAAAAUAAGCCAAAAAAAAUGGGAGAUGAAAAAAUUGUUAUGACACCCACUAAACGUGGCAAGUCAACUGCAAUUCGACUGGAGAAAAUUAAAAAAUCUAAUAUAGACCUUAAUCAGGUUCAUCAUUCAGGAGGGGGUGCACAUUCACGUCUUGUCGUUAAUAAAAUGGCUAAAAUUGAAGAUGGGGGAGAAGAGUGUGCUGAAUUAAGCAUGGAAUUUCGAUGUUUUCUUGUAAAUAAGAAAACCAGCGAACACAUUUGUGAAAAACGUGUUCUAUAUUUUUGGUUUAGAGAAAAUUCAGAUCAUGAGCAGAAGAUAUGCGGAGCAAGAGAUUUCUUUCUGGAACUCAUUAAUCCAGAUGAUUUUCCUGGAGAUUAUCCACAUUUUAUUAAAAAAGCAAUGAAGCUUUUGGAAAAAAGUGAUCAGUAUUAUGCAGUGUUGAGGGUCGAAGUUGAAAUGACCCCAGUUUCACCGGAGAUAAGUGCGCAAACUCCAUUUGAAGAGGAUAACAGACCCAGAGACGUUAUUGUACAAGAACAAUUACUCUCAGAAAUUGAAAGACACUUUCCAAAUUGUGUUGACAUUAAUAAACUUUUAGAAGUAACAAAUGAAGAUCAUGAUAUGGUUAUAAGUCAGCUUCAACAGCUUAUCGAUAAGAAAUUAAUUAAACGCUUGGAUGACGAAGGGAACAAAUAUAUUAGAAAUUUACUUUACGAUAAAUCUGUACGUGAAAUGAAGCAGAUGCCAGUUCAACAAGGAAUUAAAAAACCUUCUAUUGCCAUUAUAACAUCGUCGUUCUUUGAGAAAAUGGCCAUCGAUUCGAUGAUGUCUGAUAAAACUACUUUUGUGAAAUUUAAGCAAGAAGGAGACGGCAACGUUUACACGAUCGGUUCCAUUGGUAAACAUCGCGUAGUCUCAACUAAAUUACCGAUUGUUGGUCGAGAUCGUUCUGCCUUGAUAUCAUCUGGAAAUUCAACAACGCGACUACUGGGAACUUUCAGUGAUGUUGAACAUGUAAUACUCUUGGGCAUUUGCGGAGGUGUACCGGACUAUGUUGAUUAUAGAAAACACGUUAGAUUGGGUGAUAUUAUCGUUUCAGUUCCUAAUUCUAAAGGAAUUUCGUACAUCUUUGCCGACAAAGUGGAAAGAAGCGCUGAUAACAUAAUGAAAUUCUCUUUAAAGUCGUGGAAUGCUAAAGACUUGGUUGUCAGUGAACUCUCUGAAAGUCUUCAAACUGUUCUCAAUGAUUUGAAAUCAAAUACUCUGGAGGAUUAUAUGGGAGAAGCUGCCGAAGAACUUGGAACACUUCAGAAUGCGCAUAGCUUCUCCAGACCUCAAGAUUCCAGCGAUAUCUUGUACAUGAGGCCAGAUAAAGAUAAACUCAUCAGAAUUGAACAUCCGAAAAUUCCUGAAGAUGCAAAUAUUAAACAGAAGACGCCAAUAGUCCGUUUAGGAUGUUUGGCAUCUGGUAGACCGUUUGAAGAGUCAAUCCUUCGAUCUGAUUUCGCCAUAAGACAUCAAGUAAUUGGGUUCGAUCCACCACUGUUUGACCAAGUAAUGGAAUCGGUCGUAGGAAAUUGUAAAGAUUCUUUUAUAUUUAUUAGAGGAGUUUCCGAUUACGAGGACGGUGCUAAUCAAAAGAGUGUCUGGAAGCACUAUGCCGCCCUCUCAGCCGCUGCAUUCGCUAGAAUUCUUAUUGAAAAUCUCUCUAAUUUAUAGAAGGAUUACGUAUACUUUUUUGAAUCCCUUGAUACUACCUUUUUUCAUACUUUCAUUUCUUUCACUUUUCUCUCUCUCUCUCUUUAUCUACUUAUGCAAAUCAACCAGUAGAAUUUGAAAAAAACUAUAAAAAUCUUUUUCUCAACCCUUCUAAACAAAAUCAGAAAAAAAAGUUUUAUUACACAUAGCUAGCUACUAUAUAUGAAUAUAAAUUAUAUAGUUUUUACUAUGUUCAAUUAGAAAAAAAAGCACAGAAACCGGCAUUUUAUCUUUUUGUUAUCCAUCCUUCCUGCGAACAUUUUGAGUCGAAAAACAAUUGUUUUCUUUUUGUUCAGUUUUCAAAUUAUUUCUUUCAUACUGCUUUAUGAAGUCUUUUUGUUUGUUUGUUUGUUGCUUAUAACUUUCUAGUCUGAGUGAGUUUUUAUCAAUUUUUUUUUGUUUUCUUUUUUUGGUUUUGUUUGUCCUUUUUAAGGAAAAACAAAAGUAAAAAAAUCUCAACAUUUUAUGCAUUAUUAGUUAUUUCUUUUUUUUUUAUUAAGAAUGGAAUUUUACUAUUAAAUAGAGAAGUUUUUAAAUAUCAAUAACAAGGAAAAUAAAAAACAAUAAACCCUACUGAGUAAGUGUUAUUACAACUGCAACAGUAAAGAGAAGAAUAGAAGAAUUGAUGUAUAAUAUUGAUGCAAAAUUUUCAUCGUAUUCUUUAAACCUAUAAUCAGUUUCUACAUUCUUACAUCCAGGAUUAUAAUCGUCGUAUUGACAAGGUUCCGGCUUUUUCCAUAUAUCAUCAUCAUUCUUGUUUGGUAGUAUGUCAUCAUCUUGAUCUGUUGUAAAUGGAUAUUUAAUAAAAGAAAAGUAAUAUUUAA